UCACCUCCUCCUUUCGUUUCCGGCUUUCAAAGCGUGUGUGUCACAACACUAUUUUCGCUAUCGGAAAAUAUCAAGUAAAUUGAUAGAAAAUGGAAAAACAAGUAGUUUGGGCGCGAGUCAUCAAGGUUUUGGGGCGUACUGGUUCCCAGGGACAAUGUACCCAAGUGAAAGUUGAAUUUUUGGGCGAGCAAAAUCGUCAAAUUAUUCGCAACGUCAAAGGACCAGUCCGCGAGGGAGACAUUUUGACACUUCUCGAAUCUGAAAGAGAAGCGAGAAGACUUCGCUAGCGUUUGUGGAUGCGCCAAUUUUGGCUAAUUUAAGGAAUUCCAUCUUCACCCGACCUCCUUCAUUUUACACAUGCACCGGUUCUGGUUUCUGUGAAUAUGCAAGUGUGAAAUAAAUGACGUUUAAAAGAGAA